AUGGUCGUCAUUAGGGAUAGAAAGAAAACCAGUGAUGCAUGGUUUUCUAGUGCCGAUUCCGAGGAAGAGGAGGACGAUUAUGUUGGUAGCGAAAGUAGUGACGAUUUAGAAGUGAGAAAACCAAGGUCACACAAAGGUGGUCCAAUUCGUAGAUCGACACGCGCUCGUAUAUCCCGAUAUGAUCGCGAUUUUAUCAAUGAUGACAGCGAUUCGGAUGGAUCGGGGCCUAGACGAAAAAAGAAUCGAUUUGUUUGGGAUGAAUCGGAAUCUGAAGAAAGUGACCGGUCGUGGGGUAGAAGGAGACGCAAAGCGGCUACUGCUCGAUCGAGACGAAAACCUUCGGACAAAGCAAAACGGCCGAAAAAGAAAAAGAAGAAGAUCGGAGAAGACUCUGAUCCCGAAGCUUUCAAAAGUCGACCGAAUAUUAAAUUAGGAGGUGACGAUGAGGAAGUCGGACGUCGGACGAGAGGGAAAAAAAUCAAUUAUCUGGAAGCAUUAGGUUCAGACAGUGACGAUGAUGGCAGAAGGAAACCGCCUAGAAUUGAAGAGAGCGACGACGAAUAUGCCGUGCACGAAGACGAAGAACUUCAGCAGAGAUUGCAAAAUGAAAACGAUAGUGACGAAUCCGGAGUUGAAAAUGUUUUACGUGAUCUUCCAUUACCCUUAAACCCCAGGCCGAAACCAAAGGGUCGUGGAAAGGCGGGUCUGAAGAUUCCUAGAAAACCGAAGGAUCCCACCUUGGAACUUUUCCCACCAAUAAUGACAGAUUUACCUCCUACAAGUACCAUAGCUCGCACAGAAAUACCCAUACUGCAACAAACUUUAGAAUCUCAAUCGCUGAUACCUUCACAAAUCAUUCCUCCGCCAUUAAUAAUGGAUCCUAUGUUGCUACACGAGCACGAGUCUCAAGAUUUGGACGACGAACCGAAUCCCAUCGAGCAAAUUAACAAAAACGUCGAACAAAUGAACGAGCAGGAAAUGGAAAAAAUGAUGGAAGAAGAAGAGUACGCCAAUAGGCAACUUCAACUCGUCGCUUUGCAAAUAGAAAAGGAGAAGAAACGAAAAGAACGAGAAGUACAGAGGUUAGAAAAGCUAAUGCAAUUAGAGCAAAAAGUACCAAAGAAGCGUGGCCGAAAACCAAAAAACCCAACGCUCAAUGCGUCCGCAAAUCUAAUAAAGUCAUUCCCAGAUUCCGCACUGUUACUGUCUAGUAACGCCGAACUUUCGGAACCGCCCGGCAUUUCUCUUCCGAUGUUCAGCGAAUUAGCGCCGACCUCGAUGAACGCGGAUGGCAGUCCGAAAAAGCGGAGGGGUAGAGAUUCACCGUUGCACGGGAGCAAAUUGGGCAUUGCCGCGCCGCCGCAACCAUUUUCUCAAAGUCAACCCACUCCAUCUGUAAUUACCAGAAUGUUGCAGUCGCAGCCGGGUCAAAACAGUUUCCCACCUUCCAGCGUUUCUAAAUACUUCGGCGGACAUGGUAAUGAUCCACAGCUUGGCGCUUACCAUCCAGGUAAUGCGGGUCCACGCGGACCUUACCAACAACCUCCGAUACCACACUUUCCCGUGAUAAGAAGCGGUCCGCCACCGCUCAGACUUCACAGUCCGGGAGCUCCAAAUUUACCUCCCAUGUAUCAUGCGCAUCGUUCUCUGGAUCCUUCACCGUCUGGUGGUGGACCAAUAAAUGUUCCUAACACUAACAGAGAUCGACAAUCACCUUUGGUAGUGCCGCCUCCAUCGCAAAGUCCUCUCGGCAAAGGUGACCCCACUCCUCCGCCGUACACCAGACCUCCACUGGCGCAUUUCUCGCCGUCAUCCUCGAAUACACAAGGAGCACGACCGCUGCCCAUCAUACCUUCGCACUUGCAGCAGCAUCGCUCGCCUAACAUUUCUCAAUUUCACCCAACAUUGCCUCCCAAUUACCAUUAUGGAUCAUAUCCGCCCCCACCUCCACUAACUCCCGAUGAAGGUCAAUCUUCUCCGAGCUAUUCGGCACAACCUUUUCCCGAACAGUAUCCCGAAGGUGGACCUCCGAUACAAACCACCGAAUCUCCAACUGCACCGGUCACGACUACGUCUAGUGUUGUAGGUAAAACAUUCGACGAAGGAGAGGAAGGUGGAGAGUUUGUCGGAUUAGUGUCAUAUUUUUCAAGCCAACGAGAAGAUGAUUUGGAUACAUAGCAAGCGUACAGAUAAUUUCUUAUACAGCAGUUUUUUACUUUGCAGCUAACUUUCCCUUGCGGUAAUGGUGCAUAUUUAACAUUGUUAAAUAUAAUUUGCUAAACAUGUAUUAGUACUAUAUUAGAAUGAUAUUAUGACAUUAUUUUACUUUUAUCAGAAUUUUGUAUUAAUUUUUUUUAUUGUGAAAUAUAUUUAUACUGUACAGAUAUUAGACAUUGCCAUUUAUUUAAUAAAAAAAUACUGUAAAUAGUUUGUAAAUACAAGGGCGCGAUAGCAUAUGAUUUUAAAAUUUAGCAAUCUCAAACUGUUCAGCUUACCUCUAUUAUUCUCUCCGGAGUGAUUGUUUAAAUUAUUUUUUCAUUAUUUCCGGCUGGAGACAAUAAUAGAAGCAUGCACGAUGUUUACUCUUAUUAAGUGUUUCAUACAAUGUAAUAUUAAAAAUAUUUAUUGAUAAUUUUAAAUAUUGAAAUUUUUAUUUUGUGACAAAGUCUACCAAUGUGUUACAAUAUGCAUCGUAUUGCAUUACAUUUGUAACAAGUAUGGUUUAGGGGUUUUUAUUUAUAUUUUAUACCAAGAAUGUUGUACAGAUUGCAUAUAGUUAUUACAAAAGAUGUAGAAAUUGUUAUUUUUUUGGAGUUUUUAGAUUUGCGACUUCUUUUUAAUUACAUAUGUAUUAUAAAAAUGUGGAU